AGUGGUAGCGAGUUCGGCAGCAGCUUGAAUGCUAAGAGCUGAGCGAUAGGCCGCGGACCGACGAUCAGCGCACCGAGCGAUAGGCCUCGGACCGACGAUCAGCGCACCGAGCGAUAGGCCUCGGACCGACGAUCAGCGCACCGAGUGAUAAGCCUCGGACAAUCAUCGAACCGAGCGAUUGGUCUCGACGGGUGUACCUAAAACCUAGUUGCCGUGCCAUAGGAGCUUAGAAACCGCAGAAGCGCGUCAUAUUCUUUCGUUGAACAACAGUACCACUCAGUUCACUCAGUCGGUUCCGGCUACGAACCUUCCGAUGUCGGACCAAGGCAGCGAAAUGCUGAGUCACGACAAUGGCGCAGUAGAUAAAGGCAGCUCCCUUCGCAGUGAGUCAUCGGAGGAUGUAAUACAUUUCGUGAGACCACCAACUAAGCGCGCUCUCAAGAACCAACUACGAGCCGAACAGGCUAGAGUUGCUACAUUGCUCGAACAAAUCAAACAACUGCAAGACGAAAACCAACAGUUGCGUGAACAGAAUGCAUUAACAUUUGCCAGUGCUACAGUGGAUAAUGAUGUUGUCGAUGAUAAGCUCCAUUCUAAAGACUCGCAACAAUCCGAUGAAUCUAAAUUUGUAUCAAGCGUUCAUCAACUUUCCAUCUCUUCUUUGAAUGUACCUGAGUGUAGAUCGGAUUCGGAAGGCGAGGGCAUACAGCGCCACACAUUUGAAAUGUGGCGAGAUCUUCUCAUUGAUUCCAUGAAACUGCUUGGAGUUCAGGACGAAUCGAUUAUGUUCACCAUUUUCAAAGUAAAAGCUGGCCAACAGCUUCUUGAAAUUUUUAAGAACACAAAGGCAGAUUCCCAAGCUCCAAAUGCUGAGGAGCUGCCUUUUUCGAACGCUAUGUAUCGGCUGAAAAGUUAUUUCGGUUCCGGUUCGGACGUCUUGCUCCAGAGACGAAGGCUUGCCGUUAUGGAUCAGAAACCUGACGAGUCGGAUCUCUCCUACAUUAGUCGAGUGGGGGCGAUUGCUAGAUUGUGCGACUUUGAACAAGGGAAGGAGUUUGAGCAAAUUGUGAGCACUAUCGCAGAACAUGCGUUAAGAAAGGAAGUAAGAGCCAUUGCCCUCAAGAUGUUAAGCCGAAAUGCUUCGUUUACGGACCUUGUGGACAAAAUUCGAGAGUUAGAAGCGAUUCGUCUAAAUGAGGAGUUUUUCAUGAAGAAACAACAAAAGUCGGACCCUGCAGUGCUUGCCCCGGUACGCGCCGAUUAUCCACGCUAUUCCGGAUAUCAACACAAGAGCUCUACGUACAAUGUUCCAGACAGAAAGCACAGUCGCUUUACGAACAGUUCCGGACGAUCAGUGAGACCGCGUUCAAACCAAAGCAGUGGCCGUCGUGAGUUCAACAGAAGCUAUACUCCACCUCGUGAUAGAACGUUUGUCUUCUCGCGUGCAGAGAGAUGCUGGAGGUGCAAUAGUGUGUACCAUAUGCCGAGGGAUUGCGAUGCAGUAGACAAAAUUUGUCGUAAUUGUGGUCAAGUUGGCCAUAUUGCUAGAGCUUGUUCCCGACGAUUUCCCAUGAGAACGACAACACACAAGAGAUCUUCAGAAACAGAUCUGACAGAUGCAGAACCCGAUUCAAAGAGAAUGGCAGCUAUCGAGGCGCCGAAGCUAGAGGAUGCCGAUAUCGAAGAAGUAAGUUCGCGUAAAGAAAAAUAAUGUUGUAAAACGGAAUAUGCAAUUGAAUGUCAUGAAGUUUUAUUUGUUUGAAGCGAUUUUUUUUGUAUUUCUGUUAAAUUUGAUUGGAAAAUAUAAGUAAUCCGGAAAAUGUUUU